AUGACCUCUACCAAUAACAUCAAGAACAUAUUGCCCGGUUCUUUUGCCCUAUCGGUUUCUUGUCACGAGGACUUACGUGCACUAGAUAAUGAUUCCAGCGUCACAUCAUUUACUCUUAGUCUAGAUGAGGACGACCAAUGUGAUGUUUCUCUCUUUGGUGAUGAUGAAGCUUCCUUCAUGGGAGAGGAUUUUGACGAAACCCCUGCUGGACCAUGUGAGCACCACAAUGAAGAAGUGCCCCUUGUGGAUCAUCUAGAAAUAUCCGAGCGUACCGAAAUCUCAACAGGUAAUGCUCCAAAGUCUACAGGAAAGUCACUAGCCACCAAUAUUAGGGAACAACAAGAAAAGGAUUGGAAACCUCGUUCGACUCGACGACCCGUACGCCGUGGUGGAAGAAGACCUGCCAAAGUUUUGGUUGCUGAGUGA